UUAUUAUGCAGAUUAUCUAUGUGUCCAUAUUAAAAAAUAUAUUAUAGAACAUGAAAAUUAUGUAAAUCAAUAAUUUUUAAUUCUUACAUACAUACCUUAGGGCGUAUGAAAAGGAAUAAUAUUAUCACAACAAAUGAAUCUGAUAUGGAAGAUUUUUCCUCUUUAACCUCCGAGAAUCGCUGUUCACCCCCACAUAAAAAGCAUAAAUAUACACAUUCAGAACAUAAUCAAAUUACUCAUAAUAACAUGGAUAUUACUACUAAUGGAACCAUCAAAAAUUAUAAUAAUCACACAGAAAACAAUGGUGAGAAUUCUAGGAACUCUGAAAUUGAUGAAGAGUUGUACUCACGACAACUAUAUGUUCUUGGCCAAGAGGCAAUGAAAAAGAUGGCAAUAUCUAAUAUAUUAAUUUGUGGAAUGGAUGGUUUAGGUGUUGAAAUUGCCAAAAAUAUCAUAUUAGGUGGUGUUAAAAGUGUCACAUUAUGGGAUAAUAAGGAAACCACUUUAGCUGAUUUAUCUUCUCAAUUUUACCUAAAUGAAGAUUGUAUUGGGAAGAAUAGAUCAAAAUCUUGUUAUUUAAAAUUAGCUGAACUCAAUCCAUAUGUCGCAGUAUCUUAUUAUACUGGAAAUUUAACUCAGGAUUUUUUGUUAAAAUAUACAGUUGUUGUAUUGUGCAAUUUUGAAUCCGACAGUGAAGUCACGAGGAUAGACAACAUAUGUCAUGGCAGCGAUAUCCCCUUUUGCUCCGCUUCUUCAAAAGGCCUGACGGGACAAAUAUUUUGCGAUUUCGGGCCGAAUUUCACCUGCUUCGAUACCAACGGAGAACCACCGCUAUCAGUCAUGGUGUCUAGCGUGACUAAAGAAGAAUCUGGUGUCGUAACCUGUCUAGACGAGAAUAGGCAUGGGUUCGAAGAUAACGACCACAUCACCUUCUCGGAAGUGCGAGGGAUGGUCGAGUUAAACGGUUGUCCUCCGAGACCUAUCAAAGUUUUGGGACCUUACACAUUUAGCAUCGGAGAUACGUCGAAAUUUGCCGAUUAUUCGGGUGGCGGUAUUGCCUCUCAAGUCAAGAUCCCUAAAAUAUUGCAUUUUCUUCCCUACACCCAAGCCUUUAUCAAGCCCGAUUUCGUUUCUUCAGACUCGGCCAAACUUGACAGACCCGCCAUUUUACACAUUGCCUUCAAGACCCUCGCCCUGUUCUACGAUAAAUACCAACGAUACCCUUCUACCACCGAAGAGAACAACUUAUUCCUGGACAUGGCUAAGGUUAUAAAAACACCCAAAGAUGAUCAAAAAAAUGCCAAACUUGACGAAAAUGAGACCAAAGUUUUGAAGUUAUUCUGUGAUACGGCGAGAGGCCAGUUGUGCCCUAUCAAUAGUGUGAUAGGCGGGAUAACGGCCCAAGAAGUCAUGAAGGCGUGUAGCGGAAAAUUCAAUCCCAUUUUCCAGUGGUUUUAUUUCGACGCCUUCGAAUGUUUAAACGCUGAAAUGGAUACCAUGCCUUCCAAUAUGCUCAAUGAUCAGGGAAAUUACGCUCGAUACCAUAGCCAGAUGAUUAUAUUUGGUAAAGAAUUUCAAGAUAAACUAGCUGCUCAAAAAUGCUUUUUGGUCGGAGCUGGCGCCAUAGGCUGCGAACUGCUGAAAUUGUUCGCGAUGAUAGGUUUGGCCUGUCCCGAUAAAAUCAAUCCCAAUCCUCUGACAGCCAAAGGAGGCCUCGUGAUAACGGACAUGGACAUAAUAGAAAAAUCAAACUUAAAUCGGCAGUUUCUAUUUCGGCCUUGGGAUGUCAAUCGCUUGAAAAGUGAGGUGGCUUGUGCCGCCGCCAAAUUAAUGAAUUCCAAUUUCAACCUGAAACCUCACGAAAACAGGGUCGGGCCGGAGACGGAAAAAGUUUACGAUGACGAUUUUUUCAAAUCGCUCACCAUCGUAGUGAACGCUUUGGAUAACGUGGAUGCGAGGAUUUACAUGGAUAGAAGAUGCGUAUACUACAGAAAACCACUUUUGGAGUCUGGUACAUUAGGCACAAAAGGAAAUACUCAAGUAAUUCUUCCUGACUUAACCGAAAGUUAUUCUUCCUCUCACGACCCGCCAGAAAAGUCAAUACCAAUAUGCACCCUCAAAAAUUUUCCCAACCAAAUUGAACACUGUUUGCAAUGGGCUAGAGAUUUAUUCGAAGGUUCUUUCUUUCUUUCUUUCUUUCUUUCUUUCUUUCUUUCUUUCUUUCUUUCUUUCUUUUUCUCUUCUCUUCUCUUCUCUUCUCUUAAGAAAGAAAGAAAGAAAGAAAGAAAUCACGACCCGCCAGAAAAGUCAAUACCAAUAUGCACCCUCAAAAAUUUUCCCAACCAAAUUGAACACUGUUUGCAAUGGGCUAGAGAUUUAUUCGAAGGUUAUUUCAAACAAGGACCGGCCACGGUUCAGCAAUACAUAGCCAAUAAUUCACUCGUAAAUCCAGUGGGCAAUAGCAAUAACCAAAACAAUCCAAAUAAUCAGAGUAACCUGACGGGAAUUUUAAAUAGUGGCGGAGGACAAGGGACUAAUCUCAACCAAAACAUGGAAACAUUACUGACCAUUAAAUAUGGUUUGAUGGACGAAAAAUGUACCUCGGUACAAGAUGCCGUUUUAUGGGCUCGUAAAAGAUUCGAUGAGUUAUUUAAUAACAAUAUACAACAACUUCUAUUUAAUUUCCCACCCGAUCAAAUCACUAGUUCAGGUGCGCCAUUUUGGUCUGGGCCCAAACGAUGCCCUAGAUUUAUCAAAUUCGAUUCCACAAAUCCCACUCAUUUAGAAUUCGUCAAGGCGGCCACCGCCUUACGCUGCUUUAACUACGGCGUACCAUUCAAGCCACACGCUUCCAACAUAGCCACCUUAGCCGAUCAAGUUUCUCUCCCCGAAUUUUCACCUAAAUCGGGCGUAAAAAUUUCCACUAACGACGCCGACGCGGCCGCAGGUAAUCAAGGAUAUAACACAAUGGACGCGACCACCGCUACCCUAGAAGCACUAAAAAACAGUCUUCCUACUCCCCAAAUAUUGAGCUCCCUCGGGUUAACCCAGCAUCCUAUAGAUUUUGAAAAAGACAACGACUCUAACCAUCAUAUGGAUUUCAUAGUCGCCGCUUCCAAUCUAAGGGCCGCUAAUUACGGUAUUGCCCCCGCUAAUAGAUUAAAGAGCAAACUUAUAGCUGGUAAAAUAAUUCCGGCCAUCGCCACAUCCACCGCAGUUGUAGCUGGUUUAGUAUGCCUUGAAUUAUACAAAAUAGUUCAAGGGAAAACGAAACUAGAGGAUUAUAAAAACGGAUUUUUUAACCUGGCCUUACCUUAUAUGGAAUUUUCGGAACCUUUAGCUCCACCAAAAAUGAAAUAUUACGAUACAGAAUUUACGCUAUGGGACAGAAUUGAAGUUCAAGGGGACAUAACACUCGAAAAUUUUUUGAAAUAUUUCUUGGUAAAUUACAAAUUAGAAAUUACGAUGCUAUCUCACGGUGUGUCUAUGCUUUAUUCCUUUUUCACUUCACCCGAGAAAAAGAAGGAGCGGCUAACCAUGAAAAUGACAGAACUUGUCCGGAAAAUAAGCAAAAAAAAGAUAGACCCCUGGGUGAAGGCCCUCAUAUUCGAACUAUGUUGCAACGAUUCUUCCGGGGUGGACAUCGAAAUACCUUACAUCCAAUACAUUUUACCCGUUUCUUUUCAUUGUCACAUCGGCAGCAAUAGUCAACCGAUUGAUAUCAAUAUAUCGUCCAAUCCUUCUCUGAGUGCCGAAAAUGCUAAUAAAGUUAUAUCGUCCAAGGCUAUGACUGUCAAUAAGAGUGGAUCGCAGAAAGAGAAGAAAAAGAUCAUGAACGCGUGAUUAUCAGGGAAUUUUAAAUUAUCCCCUUUUUUCAUUAAUGUUUUUUUUAUUGAUUGACUUUCUUUUAUAGCGAAUGUUAAAAAAAAUUGUCUUUUCUUAGCCGUUUUAAAACGAUUUUUUAAAUAUAACUCGGUCUCAAAUGAAUACAAAUGGUUUAUAUAUUUAUUUUUAGAUUAUACCUGCGUAUUUAUAUUUUAAAGUUUUUUUUUAUAUUUGAAUUUGAAUCUAAACUCUCAUAAAGUUUAUGUCCGUUAGUUAAAUUGAUCAUUCCCUCUUGAUUGCUGUUUCAAGAUUUUUCUUUAAUACUUUAAAAUUUCGCUAACUUUAAUCUUUAAAAUCAUUCAUUUAGAAAAUUUUUUAUAUUUAUUUCACUAAAAUUAUUAUUUUUAUAUUAUAGUCAUGAAAACGCGGCAAAAAAAUAUAUAACUAUAAAAUGUUAACAUGAAAACUAAUCAAAUCUAAUUUAUUA